AGACAUUUAAAUGUCAUUUUGAGGGCAAUUGUCGAAUAGAUUUGGUUUCGAGAAAAUUUUGCAAAAAAUGUCGAAUGAAGAAGUGUUUCGAUUUAGGGAUGAAAAAGGAAUGGAUUCUAAACGACGAGCAAAAGAAUAUUCGGCGAAAUAAGAUCGAAGAGAAUCGACGGAAGCGGAAGAAUAGCACCAGAGAUGACGGCGACAACAGAUCCAGUGAUUCGUCGGCGAACCACUCGUCGCCGGCGACCGAUACCUCUUCGCCGACAAACUUCACGAAUCAAAUCGAGAAAAUUCAACGCAAAGAGAGGGACCAAAAGCAGGCAAUAAUGCCAUACAAUACUAUACCCGAAGCGGUGUACGAGAAAACAGCCGAACUCGAGAUGUCUGUCAUUCCCAUCGCCCGUCCUAUCAGUGAUUUGAUCGACAAAUUCAAUGACCUGGAGAUGAAUCGAUUGGCGGAACUGUUGAACGCCAUGCAUAUGCUUAAGUCACCGCUGGUUCCCAUCACAUCCGAGGCCAUGACUAUGGAUGACGGAUGCAAUGUAUGGCGAUAUAAGUGCGAACAGGAGGUCCUCAAGAUCAUCAAAAUGUCCAAAAGUCUGGAAGCGUUUCAGGGGUUGUGCGAAAAUGACCAGAUAGCCCUGGUCAAAUAUGGCUGUAUUGAAAUGCAUUGCCUUAGACUUACGCUGCAUUACGAUUUUGAUAAGGAAUACUGGACUUUGAUUACUGACAAUUGUCAGUCAACUGUAUUAAAGAUGGAACUCUUGAGACAAAACAAACAGUUUUUAUACAAUACAUACAAAGCAUUCUUUGAGAAACUGAAGCCCGAGUGGGAGUCCGACUCUAUUAUACUCGAUAUUUUAACUGCAAUCAUACUCUUCAAUCCGGAUCGUCCCAACCUAUUGUUUAGAGAAAUGGUUAAACUGCAACAACACAUUUACAUGUAUUUACUUCAACGCUAUUUACUGAUGAGAUAUCCGACAGAUUACGAGUCAAAAACCAAAUUCAUGCGAUUAAUGAGCGCUUUGAUUGACUUGAAUAUAGUCCGGGAAUCACAUGUUAUAGCGUGUAUGGAGUUAGAGAAGGAUAAACUCAGUCCACUUAUGCGUGAGAUUUGCGAUUAUAAUAAUGUGUCCGCCGAUAGCUUUAAUCACGCCUUCAAUGGUAGUCCAGUCCAAAAAACGAGAGAAGAGAGAAAAUUGUGUCAAAAUCACACCAAAGAAAUCAGUAAUGAAGUCUCUGUUAUCCAUAUCCCGGACUCGACCGCCGAUUUGGACGCAACCAAAAGACUUCAGAUUGAAAACUAUAUCAAAGAUCAGGCGGAAUACGGGCCGACAUAUGGUAUGCCAUUUACACCUAUUUUGUCGGACAUUACUCUUCGGUAUAACUUUAAUGACAUGGAGUACAAGCGAUUCAAUGAACUACUAAUGGCUGCGGAUGUGAUGAAAGCGGUGGCCAGAGAGCCGACGGCCAGAAUCGAGAGCGUCGGCGAAGCGCAGGCAGUGAUGCGAUCGGUAUUAGAGAGAGAUAUUCGUAAUGUUAUUAAGUUUACAAAAUCUCUGCACGGUUUCGGCUCCCUCUGCGACGGCGACCAGAUUUGUCUCAUUAAAAGCGGUUGUAUUGAAUUGAUUUAUAUGCGCUCAGUAUUGGCCUUUAAUUACCACAAUCAGUCUUGGAAUCUGUUUGUUGAUGACAACACGUCUGUUAUACUGGAGUUAGACUUAUUGAAGUCCGGAGCGAGUGAUAUAUACGGCGCCCAUAAAAAGUAUUUACAACAUAUGGGCCGUCAUUGGCACGAAGACACCACUAUUGUAGACUUGGUACUUUAA